AUGGCUGUGAUCCAGUUUGCCGGGGACGGCGACGAGAACGGCAACCCGGUUCAGGAGCCUACCAGCCAGAUCUCGAAGCCGACCAAGCGGCAACGAUGGGCCACCCAGCGCCUGACGCCCUCUGGAGGCGUGCGGAAACGGGUGUCCAUUAUGGACCGUUUUCACAAGCGCGCAGGGUCGAGAGAGGAGAAGCGAAAGUCAGGAGCCAGUUCGCAGCCGACCGUCGAUGGUCCCUCGACGGAAGAGAGCGGUCAAGAACCUGAGAAGCCAUCGAGGAGGAUCUACUUCAACAUUCCUAUCCCAGAUAGCGAACGCGAUGAAGACGGCAAUCUCAAGGCGAAUUAUCCGCGGAAUAAGAUCCGGACUUCCAAGUAUACCCCGCUGACCUUCGUUCCGAAGAACUUGUGGCUACAAUUUCACAAUAUUGCGAAUAUGUAUUUCUUGUUUAUCAUUAUUCUUGGCUUCUUUCCCAUCUUCGGUGCCAAUAACCCUGGUUUGAACGCGGUUCCUCUGAUCGUCAUUGUUGUCGUGACGGCAGUCAAAGAUGCGAUUGAGGAUUGGCGGCGCACGGUCCUGGAUAAUGAACUCAAUAAUUCACCUGUCUACCGCCUGGUGGACUGGAACAACGUCAAUUCAACCGAGGAUAAUGUCUCCCUGUGGCGUCGGUUCAAAAAGGCGUGCACCCGCGCCGUCAUCUUCACGUACAGGAAAAUCAAGUCGAUUCGCCGCAAGGAGGCGCCCAAUGUCUUUGACGAUGACAGGCGAGGCUCGCUCGUGACCGACCGUCAGUCGAUUUACUCCCACCGCGCUUCCUACUACUCCACCGCCGGCGAUCACGAAACGGAUGACAAUGCCAUCCAGAUGACCCCGGUGCCGUCGCCGAACCCCGAUGCACGACGGUCUCAGCAAGAGGGAUGGCCGGACUCUGCGGCUGAUGUAGACAGCAACGGGUACCUGCAGCCCGGUAAAUCGGUGAGGGACAGCGUUGCACCCGGACCCAAGAAGGCGGGCAGUAUCCUCGACCGAUCGAAGCAGACUCCGGAGAAGGCCCGGUUCAAGCGAGACUACUGGAAAAGUAUUCAAGUCGGCGAUUUUGUUCGGCUGUAUAACGGAGAUCAGAUCCCCGCGGACAUUGUCAUUCUCUCGUCCUCGGAUCCGGAUGGCGCCUGCUACGUCGAAACCAAGAACCUGGACGGCGAGACGAACCUGAAGGUCCGGCAGGCUCUGCACUGCGGGCGCCAAGUGAAGCAUGCACGAGACUGCGAGAAGGCGGAAUUUAUCAUUGAGAGCGAACCACCUCACCCCAACUUGUACUCCUACAAUGGUGCUAUCCGGUGGGAGCAGCGAAACGAGAAAAACCCGGAAGCCCCCCGCCAGGAGAUGGUCGAGCCGAUCACCAUCAACAAUAUGCUUCUGCGAGGGUGCAGCCUGCAGAACACGGAAUGGGUUCUCGGCGUCGUCGUCUUCACCGGUUCGGAGACCAAGAUUAUGCUGAAUUCGGGAAUCACGCCGAGCAAGCGGCCCAGAAUGGCGAGAGAACUCAAUUGGAAUGUCAUCUAUAAUUUCAUCAUCUUAUUCAUCAUGUGCUUGCUCUCCGGGAUCAUCAAUGGGGCUGCAUGGGGUGUGAGUAAUGGUUCGCUACACUACUUCGAGUACGGGUCUUAUGGCGGCUCUCCUCCGGUGGAGGGUAUCGUUGCUUUUUGGGUGGCUGUCAUCUUGUUCCAGAACUUGGUCCCUAUCUCGCUUUACAUCUCUCUCGAAAUCGUGCGGACUGCCCAGGCCAUUUUCAUUCACUUCGACAAGUACAUGAUCUAUGAAAAGUUGCAGAUGGCCUGCAUUCCCAAGUCGUGGAACAUCUCGGAUGAUGUGGGACAGAUCGAAUACAUCUUCUCGGACAAAACCGGAACGCUCACGCAGAAUGUCAUGGAGUUCAAGAAGUGCACAAUCAACGGCGUUGCGUACGGUGAAGCGUAUACGGAAGCGCAGCUGGGAAUGAAGAGGCGGGAAGGGAUCAACGCGGACGAAGAGGCCGCGAGAGCUCGCCAGAAGAUCGCGGAGGAUCGAGUUCGCAUGCUACAAAUGCUCCGCGAGAUGCACGACAACCCAUAUCUGAAAGACGAGAAGCUGACGUUCGUCGCUCCCGACUUCGUCUCCGACCUGAAUGGUCGAUCGGGCCCUGAGCAGCAAAAGGCAGUAGAAAAUUUCAUGCUCGCUCUGGCUUUGUGCCAUACCGUCAUCACCGAACACACCCCGGGAGACCCUCCUCAGAUCGAGUUCAAGGCUCAGUCUCCCGACGAGGCAGCCCUGGUUGCCACGGCCCGAGACUGUGGAUUCACGGUACUCGGCCGCAACGGCGACGAUUUGAUCGUGAACGUCAUGGGCGAAGAGCGAACCUACACUGUCCUGAACACCCUGGAAUUUAAUUCGACGAGGAAGCGGAUGAGCGCCAUCGUCAGGAUGCCGGAUGGCACCAUUCGGCUCUUCUGCAAGGGUGCGGAUAGCAUCAUCUAUUCCCGGCUGGCGCGCGGCCAACAGCAGGAGCUUCGAAAGACCACCGCUGGACAUCUGGAGAUGUUUGCCCAGGAAGGUCUUCGGACCCUUUGCGUCGCGGAGAGGGUUCUCAGCGAGGAAGAGUAUCGCGUCUGGAGUGAAUCACAUGACUUGGCCGCCUCGGCUCUCACGGACCGGGAGCAGAAGCUGGAGGAAGUGGCCAGCGCGAUUGAACAAGAACUCAUGCUUCUUGGAGGGACUGCCAUUGAAGACCGCUUGCAAGAUGGCGUACCUGACACCAUUUCCUUGCUGGCUGAUGCGGGUAUCAAGUUGUGGGUUUUGACCGGCGACAAGGUCGAGACUGCCAUCAAUAUCGGUUUCUCUUGCAAUCUCUUGAACAACGACAUGGAACUGAUUGUUUUCAACGUCCCCCCCGACAAGCCAGAGGCGGCCGCUACGGAAUUGGAAAAACAUCUUCGGAAGUUCGGAUUGACCGGAUCGGAUGAAGAGCUGAUCGCGGCCCGUAAGGAUCAUAAAGCACCACCCCCGACCCAUGCAUUGGUCAUCGAUGGAGACACCCUGAAAUUCAUGCUGGAGGACGAGUUGAAGCAGAAAUUCCUGAUCCUUUGCAAGCAGUGCAAAGCCGUGCUUUGCUGUCGGGUCAGCCCCGCCCAGAAAGCUGCUGUCGUCCGGAUGGUCAAGAACGGACUAAACGUCAUGGCUCUCUCCAUCGGAGACGGUGCGAACGAUGUCGCCAUGAUUCAAGAAGCGGACGUCGGUGUCGGUAUCGCUGGUGAAGAAGGGAGACAGGCUGUUAUGUCCUCAGAUUAUGCCAUUGGACAGUUCCGGUUCCUCCAGCGGCUGGUCCUUGUUCACGGACGAUGGUCCUAUCGGCGGCUUGGUGAGACGACGGCGAACUUUUUCUACAAGAACCUUGUCUGGACUUUUGCCCUCUUCUGGUAUGCCAUUUACAACAACUUUGACGGGUCCUAUCUGUUCGAUUACACCUACAUCAUCCUGGUCAACGUGGCGUUCACGUCGUUACCCGUUAUUUUCAUGGGCAUUUUUGAUCAGGAUGUGGAUGACAAGGUCUCUCUUGCUGUUCCCCAACUCUACAUGCGUGGUAUCGAACGGAAAGAAUGGUCCCAACUCAAGUUCUGGCUCUACAUGUUCGACGGGUUCUAUCAAUCAUUGAUGUGUUUCUUCAUGCCAUACUUGCUUUAUGCGCCGGGCAAUUUUCAAACUGCGAACGGCUUGGGCAUUGACGAUCGGACGCGCAUUGGUGUUCUGGUCGCCUCCUCUGCUGUGAUUGCUAGCAACACCUACAUCCUUCUCAAUACCUACCGUUGGGAUUGGUUGACGGUCCUGAUCAAUGCCAUCAGUUCGCUUCUCAUCUUCUUUUGGACAGGAAUCUACUCAAGCUCACCUGCCUCGCUACAAUUCUAUGGGGCCGCACAGGAGGUGUAUGGUGCCCUGUCAUUCUGGGCCGUUCUUCUCGUGACGGUGGUACUCUGUCUCCUUCCCCGCUUCGUCGUCAAGUCUGCGCAGAAGGUUUUCUUCCCUCAGGACGUGGAUAUCAUCCGUGAGCAAGUCACGAUGGGAAAAUUCAAAUACCUCGACCACUUCGAGGCCUACGUCCCACCCAAGGCUGAGGCCAUAGUCGGCGGCGCUUCCGCAGGCAGUGAUAUGUCAGCGGCUUCCUCGGACCUGGGGAAACCGAUUGAGCCAAGGGUGCGAAGAGAUCCCACCAUGCCGGAAGAGGAACGGCCGUUCUACCCACCGUCUAUUGCACCUACGGCCAACACUCACAAUCCCCGAAGCCAGAAUGGGAGUAAUGGCACAAAUUAUACGGGGAGCCUCGACCUGGGAAAUCCCCGUCAUCAGUCGUGGGAACACCCCAGACCAUCUUUAGACCGAAAACGUUCUUCGGUCAAUAGUAACGACUUCUCAAUGGGCGGUAUGUUGGGGCGCGUUGACUCUAUUAAUGCAGCUCCCCAGAGUCCGCACAGCCCGCUGAGGAGACCUACCGACUCUCCCACAAACCCUGUAUAG